AUGCCUAUCACAAUCAUACAGCCAAAGCCAGUACCUCAGUACACAAGGCGUACAUCAUCAGGCGGCUCAGACUCAGACUCAGACGAUGGCGGAGUGGACAUCGAAGGCGACAUCAGAAUGGCCACGGCCCGGUCAGCAGCCAGCCACAGCGACAUCGUCACGCCGGGCGAGGUAAUCACGACCAACCCGCAAUGGAUGCGCGGCCACGGCACGUAUACGAGCGCGCAGGGCGCCGGAGGCGAGGACGACGACGCCACGGCCAUCGUGUCGUCGCUGGCGGGCAUGAUCACGCGCACCAACAAGCUGCUGUCGGUGCGGCCGCUGCGGGCGCGCUACACGCCCGAGGUGGGCGACCUGGUGGUGGGGCGGAUCGUGGAGGUGCAGUCGAAGCGGUGGCGCGUGGACGUGGGGUCGACGCAGCUGGCGGGCCUGCCGCUGUCGGCCAUCAACCUCCCCGGCGGGAUCCAGCGGCGGCGCACCGAGACGGACGAGCUGGCCAUCCGGUCCUUCUUCGCCGAGGGCGACCUGCUCGUCGCCGAGGUGCAGCAGCUGUACGCCGACGGCGGCGCCGUGCUGCACACGCGCAGCCUGCGCUACGGCAAGCUGCGCAACGGCGUCUUCCUCGCCGUCAGCGGUGUUGGUGGCGGCGGUGGUGUCGUCCGCAGCCGCAGGCAGGUCUGGACCAUGGAGGUCGGCGCGCUGCAGUCCAAGAUCGACGUCGUUCUCGGCGUCAACGGCUACGUGUGGAUUAGCAAGCACGUCGAGGAUCAGAGCCUGGCUGCCGGCGGGGGGUCCGCUGGCGGCGUGGGCGUGACCAACAUGGAGGAGAGCGUCAGCCAGGCCGUGUACAGCAGCCAGAACGACUACAUCGAGGUUGAGGUCAUGAGGGAGAUCACGCGGGUCAGGGGCGUCAUCACUGCACUGGUGGAGAACGGCCUGCGGGUCGACGAGGACAUGAUCAUAAGGGGAUAUCACGAGGCUGUGGAGAUUGCGAGGCUGGGCGAUUCAGGUGAGGAGGACGUCUACUUGGGUGGUGAGAGAGGUCAGCAGCUAGCCGCGGCAUUGGUUCGGAGGUAG